UUGAAUGCUGCAUUACAGUUGAGUUAUGUACAUUUCCCAAGUUACCUGACUGUUCUACUUGUUUUAACACUACUGAUUAGGUCAAUGUUUUGUUAAAGUACCAAUAGCCAUCCCUACAGUAUUGUUGCAGUCGACAUUAGGGUAAAUUCGUAACAUUUGAUUUCGCUGCUUUAUCCUAGCAUGUCUGCAGAGCCGAGGUCACGCGCCCUCAAGUGGGACCUCACGGGACCUAUUUCGGGGGGAAAAAAAUGGUGAAUGGAGAGAGAUGCGAUAUUUUUUGAUCCCGCUUGAAUUGUGCCACGAACUAAGAGACAUUCUGCUGAGAUGUGUGACUUGGGCAGGCUGGCGAGCAACAACAACAACUCUGCUUUUCAGGGCACUCCCUGACACAGUGAAGUUCCAUGUCAGCUUGAAGUACACAAGAUGAUGAAUUUGAGAUUUGGAGAGAAACAAGCAUUGAGUAACUGAUUAAAUAUGAAUGCAUACACAGGAAUCUAUUAGGUGAUAAAGGAAGAGCCAUUAAGUCUGCCUUCACCUCUCAGAGGAUAUCAGCCCCGCACAUUAUUUGCCUUCACAGGGAGGCCAGCACAGUUCAGGGGAGGGAUGUGGAAAGAUCAUUCAAAGAUUCCCCAAGAAGGAUUGGGAUGGAACAGCUUUUCCUCAAGGAGUGGAGAUGUUCUGCCAGCCUGGGGGUUGGAGGCUGUCCAGGGACAGGAAAGCACCCACCUUCUUCACCGUCGUGCUGACAGAUAUCGAUUCAGACCGACACUACUGCUCGUGCCUCACUUUCUUCGAGGCUGAGGUCAAUCUGCAGGGAUCAAAGAGUAUUGAGGCUGAUGGAGAUGAAGAUGAAGAGGCUGAGGAGGAUGGCCUGAUCCAGCCAGCUCAAGUGUUUGCACCAAAAAGUCUCAUUCUCGUGUCCAGGCUGGAUUAUCCUGAAAUAUUCCGGGGAUGCUUGGGUCUCAUCUACACAGUGUACAUUGACAGCCUGAGUUUCCCUUUAGAAAAUCUGGUGGCCAACCUCUUUACUUUCCAGGUUCCUGUUGCUGGUGGAUCCCAGAAGCUGUUUAGCCUGGGAGCAGGAGACCGGCAGCUCAUCCAGACGCCUCUGAAUGACACGCUGCCUGUCACAUGCAAAAGUGUGGCGCUGCUCUUCCAGCAGCUGGGAAUACAAAAUGUUCUAAGCCUGUUCUGCGCAGUUCUGACCGAACACAAGGUUUUGUUCCACUCCACUAGUUACCAGAGGCUCGGAGAGGCAUGUCGCGCCUUAGAAGCCCUCAUGUUUCCCCUUAAAUACAGUUACCCAUACAUCCCUAUUCUGCCUUCGCGGCUGUUGGAGGUGUUGAGCUCACCCACUCCCUUCAUCAUCGGAGUGCACUCCAUGUUUCAGAGUGAAAUCCAGGAUCUGGUGAGAGCAGAUGUGGCACCCAGUAAUCUGUCUUACUUGCGUGCAGAACAUACUUUGGAUGUUAUCAUUGCUGACCUGGAUGGAGGAACAAUAAAGAUUCCCGAGUGUAUCCACUUGUCUGUGCUCCCUGAACCGGUGUCACACCAAACACAGACCGCCCUGUCUCUUGUUUUGCACCCCGAUCUGGAGAUAGCAGACAAUGCGUUCCCUCCACCUCGCACUGCACCCUCCAACCUCAAGUUGUUGGACAAGGAGGUGAGGGCCGUCUUUCUCAGGCUGUUUGCACAACUCUUCCAGGGCUACAGGUCAUGCUUGCAGCUCAUCCGCAUCCAUUCUGAACCCGUUAUUCAUUUUCACAAGACUGCCUUCCUGGGCCAGCGGGGCCUCAUCGAGAAUGAUUUUCUGACCAAGGUUUUGGAUGGCAUGGCCUUCGCUGGCUUCGUCUCAGAGAGGGGUCCGCCUUACCGAGCCUGCGAUCUCUUUGAUGAGCUGGUGGCCUUAGACAUUGACAGUUUUAAGGAAGAAGAGGUCAGCCCUGCCAAGCUGCAGAAGCACAUCAGGGAACUCUCUGAGCAGCUAUAUAGAAAUGAGAACCCAAACCCCCACAUGGCAUUCCAGAAAGUGCCUCGGCCAUCAGAGGGAUCCCACUUGAGGGUGCACCAGGUACCCUUCCCCCUGCUGGAUGAUGAAAAGGUGGAGAAGUUGUUGCAAGAGGGUGUGGCAAAACACGCAACAGUAUCACCUUCCACACGACUUGAGAGGAAAUGUGUUGUACCUGCCGGACCACCCGUCGUGUCCAUUAUGGGUAAGAGUGGCACCGUGUUUAACAGCGCUCGCAGGCUGGAGGUGGUGCGAAGCUGUAUUUCCUUCAUCUUUGACAACAAGACCCUGGAGACUGAAAAGACACUGCCAGCUGCACUGCGCGCACUGAAAGGCAAAGCAGCUCGUCAGUGUCUGACAGAGGAACUGAGUCUUCAUGUUCAGCAGAACCGCGCCAUAAUGGACCACCAACAGUUCGACUACAUCAUACGUAUGAUCAACUGUGCCCUCCAGGACUGCUCCAGCUCCGAGGAGUACACGGUGGCUGCUGCACUGCUGCCCCUUUCAACAGCCUUUUACAGGAAACUGGCUGCUGGGGUGAACCAGUUUGCCUACACCUGCAUUCAGGACCAUCCCAUCUGGACCAACCAGCAGUUCUGGGAAGCCACUUUCUACAGCGAGGUCCAGAGUCAGAUCCGAGCCCUAUAUCUUAAUACCCCAGAGGAGAAAGGGGUAAUCACUGCCAGGCUAAAGGAUGCAGUCACUACACCUGCAGUGGAAAGAGGUGAGGAGCAGACGGCCAUGGACCUGGCAGCAGAGCAGCUGCGUGCAUGGCCCAGCCUGAGCAAGGAGAGGCAGCAGGAGCUGGUGAAGAAUGAGGAGAGCACUGUUUUCAGCCAGGCCAUUCACUACGCCAGCCUCAUGGUUUACUUGCUGGUUCCUUUGGACACCAGCAAGAACAAGCUGCUGCGCAACACUCCUGUCGCUGACUGGGAGAGCGGCAGCAACAGCAUCGUCACCAACAGCAUUGCGGGUAGUGUCGCAGAGAGCUUUGACACAGAAAGCGGGUUUGAGGACUCAGAGAACAGCGACGUGGCCAACUCUGUGGUCAGGUUCGUAGCUCGCUUCAUCGACAAGGUGUGCACAGAGAGUGGAGUAACCCAGGAACACAUCAAGAGCCUGCACAGCAUGAUCCCAGGCAUCGUAGCUAUGCAGAUGGAGGCUCUAGAGGCGGUUCACCGGGAGAGCAGGAGGUUACCUCCCAUUCAGAAGCCUAAGAUUCUGCGUCCAGCGCUGCUUCCCGGGGAGGAGUUGGUGUCAGAGGGGUUGCGGGUGCUUCUGGACCCCGACGGUAGGGAGGAGGCCACGGGGGGCCUCCUGGGGGGCCCACACAUCCUGCCAGCAGAGGGAGCCCUCUUCCUCACCACAUACCGCAUUAUUUUCAAAGGCACCCCCCAUGAUCCUCUGGUGGGGGAGCAGGCAGUGAUCAGAGCUUUCCCAGUGUCCACGCUGACCAAAGAGAAGAAGAUCAGCAUCCAGAACCAGCUGCAGCAGAACAUGCAGGAAGGCCUGCAGCUCCGCUCUGCAUCAUUCCAGUUGAUAAAAGUGGCUUUUGAUGAGGAGGUGAGUUCAGAGAUGGUGGAGAUCUUCAGAAAGCACCUCCAGAGGAUCCGCUACCCACAGUCCAUCUUCACCUCCUUUGCUUUUGCAGCCGGACAAACAGCACCUCAGCUUAUCCUUCCAAAGCAAAAAGAACGGAACACUGGCUUCAGAACACUGUCCAAAACUAUUGUCAAGGGAGCAAAGAGGGCCGGAAAGAUCACCAUGGGCCGUGGCAGCCAGACCACACUGAAGAAGAACGACAGAGGCAGCAGAAUGACCUGGCACGAAGAUGAUGACAUUUCAAUAUCAGACGAUGGGGAGCCGCCGCCGCCCAGCAGCACCUUGCGAGCCUCAGAGAAGUCCACCAUGGAGCAGCUGGUGGAGCAGUCCUGUUUCCGUGACUACCAGCGUCUGGGCUUGGGCACCAUCACUGCCAGCUCAUCUCGCUCCAAGUCAGGCGAGCAGUUCAGGAUCACAGCCGUGAACAGACUCUACUCCCUCUGCCGCAGUUACCCAGGGCUGCUGGUGGUUCCUCAGUCAGUGCAGGACAGCAGUUUACACAAAGUGGCCCGCUGCUACAGGCACAACCGUCUGCCCGUCGUGUGUUGGAAACAUCCUCGCACGAAAGCAGUGCUGCUCCGCUCAGGAGGCUUCCACGGCAAGAGUGUGGUGGGACUGUUCAAGUCACAGAAUCCCUCCUCAACAGCUCCUGCCUCGUCCUCGGAUUCAUCCAGUAGUCUUGAACAAGAGAAGUAUCUGCAAGCCAUCCUCAACUCAAUCCCCAUCUACUUCAAAAUGAACGGAAACAACACCCUGUCCAACCGCUCCCUCAUAGGCCUCUCACCAGGCAGUGACAGGAGGACAUCCAGGAUACCAAAGAUGACUCCUGUCCAUUUAGACAUCCCAUUCUCAAACAGCUUUACCAGAGGAGUUCUUGAGUACAGAGAUAAACUUUUCACUCACUCAAACCAAAAACCUGCCAGUAAGGAGAGAGUCAACCCUCAAGGUGUGUGGGCUAGCCUGCGCUCCAGCAGCAGACUCAGCCAUCACCCAGCGACAGUAGACGUGGGCUCCAGACUGGCAGGGAAGGAUCUGGCUCCCCCUGCAGGUAGCAACAGUCUGCAGGCUCAGCUCCUGAAGCAGCAAGCUGCCUUCUACGUCUUUGGAGAAAAGUCCCAUUUAAGGGGCCUCAGAGUGGACUCCUCUCUGAACUGUGAACUGGUGCCGGUGGACUUCGCAGACACGCGGCAGGUGAAAGCCUCUUUUAAAAAGCUGCUGAGAGCCUGCGCUCCCAGUGCCACUUCGUCUGACUCGGAGGACUCCUUCCUCAAAGCCAUGGAGGACUCUGAAUGGCUGCUGCAGCUUCACAAGAUUCUGCAGCUGGCACUGAUUCUGGUGGAGCUUCUGGACAGCGGAUCAUCUGUUCUCCUCAGUCUGGAGGACGGCUGGGACAUUACUACACAAGUGGUGUCUCUGGUGCAGCUGCUGAGCGAUCCUUUCUACCGGACCCUGGAGGGUUUUCAGGUGCUGCUGGAGAAAGAGUGGCUAUCGUUCGGCCACAAGUUUAGCCAGCGGAGCAACCUGAGUCCCAGCAGCCAGGGCAGCGGUUUCACGCCCAUCUUCCUGCAGUUCCUGGAUUGUGUGCACCAGAUUUUGGAACAACAUCCUCUGGAGUUUGAGUUUAAUCAGUAUUAUCUGAAGUUCCUGGCCUAUCAUCACAUCUCUAACCGCUUCAAGAACUUCCUGUUGGACUCAGACUAUGAGCGCUUGGAGCAUGGCUUGUUGUUCGAGGAUAAAGGUGAUAAGCAGGCCCGCAGAGGCAUCUGUAUCUGGGAUUGCAUCAACAGGAUGCACAGGAGGAGUCCCAUCUUCUUCAACUACCUGUACAGCCCUGCAGAAAACGAAGUUGUCCUGAAGCCCUCUAUCAGCAUCCCCAGCCUGAACAAAUGGGACUUCUUCACGGACGAGACUCUGUCCACGGGGCCCUGUUACGACUGGCGGACGAUGGCGGUGAGGUCGGACAGUUCAGAGGAAGUUGACACGCUGUCCAACAGUAAGAGGAGGAUCGUGUGGCCGUGUUACAGCAGCGUGAGCCGCGCCCAGCCCGACGCCAUCACCAAGCUGCUCGCUGACAUCGAGAGGCUGGAGGGCGAGCUGCACCAGGCCCCCGAGAAAUGGCAGACGACUCUGGAUAGAGUCCGGAUGAGCAUUCAGGAAGACCUCGCGCAAGAAGGAAAUCUCCGUAAACAGUCGGUGACGCUCUCAGGCCUCAUUCCCACGUCCAGCCUGCAGGCCUUCCAGCGCCGCUCCAUGCUGCACCUGCCAGACGGCGGGCUGGGCGAAGACCGCAGCACCAACACGGCCAACGGGAUCAACCGCCGCGCUGCAACACUUUACAACCAAUUCACCCCCAAGAGCGAGGAGAACAGGUCCUACGAGGGGAUCCUGUACAAACGUGGAGCGCUGCUGAAAGGCUGGAAGCCUCGCUGGUUCGUCUUGGACAUCACAAAACACCAGAUGAGGUACUACGACACCGGGGAGGACACAAACUGCAGAGGCCAUAUCGACCUGGCCGAGGUGGAGUCGGUGGUGAUCGCCGCCCCGACUAUAGGAGCUCCCAAACACAUCAGUGAAAAGGCUUUCUUUGACCUAAAGACCAGCAAGCGAGUCUACAACUUCUGCGCCUCAGACGCGCCCAGCGCUCAGCUGUGGAUAGACAAGAUCCAGAACUGCAUCUCUGACGCCUGAGCUGCAAAACCUUAGAGACUGAGAUGACGGCGUGGACGUUGGAGGUGGCGUCAGGUGGUUGGGAGCAGAGACAGGACGUGAGCUCGACUCAGCUUUCAGAUGUCUUAAAUUCGGGGACCACAGUGAACAAAGUGCCUGGUGUCGGAGGAUGAAUCCUCUCCGCCUGUUACUUGGCGGCCUGGUCAGGCUGUCGUCACUCGGCUUCAGUCGAACACUCGUCUCUGCUGUCAGCUCCCUCCUCCGUGCCGCCGACAGGGAUGAAGCGGAGAUAAGCUGAUGUUCUAGUGGACUGCACUGACAAGGAAAUGUUAUCCUACUUAAGCUGUACAUAGAUCAAAGCAAUAUCACUGGCCAUUCAAACUGUGGGUUCAAUUUUAGACUAAAACUAGAAGAUAGCCUAUAAAAGAAUUUCUAUCAGAUAUUUUACUACGAGGAGAGGUUAUUGCUGCUUAAAGAGAAACGUAUGAACCGCCAAAAACUCAGAGAUUUUAAUGCACAACACGAGAAAAAGCAAUUUGUUUGCACUUCACUCUAAAGUAUGCACUCCUUAUCAGAUAUAGAUUUUCUAACAGACGCAGACAGCGAGGCUAAAGGCAUUAACUUUACAAUGUACAUACAACGUUUUCCUCGACAGUUUAAAUAAGAAGAAUUUGCACAGUGAGUUCAAAAGAGUUACCUGACAUGUUUUUUCUAUUUAAAUAAGCAACAUUUUUUUGUUUUGUUUUGUUUUUCUCUAUUUUGUCGAAUGUUCGUUGACUUCUGGAUAACACGUUUGUCCUGUGUAAUGUAAAUUAUUAUUAUUUUUUAUUAAAAGUGUAACUUGUGUCCGUGUGGUGGCUUCAAGUGUUUCUGUAAAUACCCGUGUGACAUUUCAUUUUAUAUACUGUAUGUACUGAAACAUGAGUAUACUUUUCUAACCUUCAGCCUAAUGUGACCAACAAGUCUUCUUUUGUUUUUUUCUUUUUUUAAAUGUGUCGUUAGCUGGUGCAAAAAAAAAAAAACAACCUGAGUGGCCUGUUCCCUGUUUGUGAUGAAACAUUGCUCUGGCAGGUUCUGUGUCUUUUAAGGGCUUUUAAAAAAAAGAAGUAAAUGGAUAUAUCUUGUAGGACGUCAUGGUUUUCAGAGAUCCUCGUCUCGUCUGUUCUGUUUGUGCAACCCUAUACAGUUUCAUUAAAAAAAGAAGAAAAGAACGCAAGUGAAACUAUUCAAAGAUGUCAGAGGCGUUUUUGUUUUUGUUACUGUAUCUUUGUACCAUGUUUUGUGGUGACACUAAUUUUUUUGGAAAUAAACCAAACAUACUUGAAAUGA